AUGAAGAAGCUGCUUCCUGGCUUCUUCAGAACAAGUUUGCGCGCAAGCCCCGAAGGUGCCCAGGCUGCAAAGGCUCCAUUGUCGGCGCUCAAGUGGACUCGGAACUCCAUGCACUGGCGAUGCCUCAAGACUGGCUGUGGAAACCGCGUUCCGUGGAAUGCGAACUCCAUCUUCCAGGGUCUUCGGUGUCUUCCGCUGGUGCUGUUGCGCAUGCUCUGCGUCUACGCGCAGCUCGACUUGUGCUCAGUUCCUCGUGCUGCCGACGUGGUACAGCAUGCCAGAGUCGGUCGGUGCAAAGCCAGCCACUUCUUGUCCGCUCUCAGACGCGCCGGAGCAGACGCCACGUCCGAGCUCUUCCAGAAUGCUGCUCUCUGCGGGAAUCUGGAGGUGGAUGCGACCUGCAUCGGCAAAUUUCAUGUGCGAAGCAGCAAUGUACACUAUGCUGCACAGAUUGCGAAGCUCAACCAGAAAAUGGCCAAGAAGAAGCUCCCAAUGCCCAAAAGUUUCUUGGCACAUGUGCCAGUCCUGGGAAUUCGCGAGCGUUCUGGACCUCCCUACAUCUGGGUUGGGGACCCUGUUCUUACUCUUCCCAAGUCCAGACCGCCGACCGAGUCGUCCCAGCAGGUGGCAUCCUCCAAACUCUUCGACUUGGUCAAAGGAAGAAGCAGAAAACGCUGCAUCUUCCCAGAUGGAAACGUUGCGUGGCAGUCCGCAGCCGAAGCCCGUGGCCUUCCAGUUGAACCUGUGACUCACCAGUUAAGAGUUUUCACCCGGCCAUACUCCCCAGCCUGUACAGCCAUAAGUGCUCUUGCCGGGACGCAGUGCAUCGACAGGAGCUGGGAAGGUCUUAAACAGUUCUUGCCGAAGCACUUGGUGCUCAAAGUCCAAGGCGCCCUCAAUGAGGAGGUUCCAAAGACCGUGCACCAGUGGAUGUGGCGUACGCAUGUUUUCCACGAAGGCUACCUGAGCCCAGCAGACUUCCUCAACAAGCUGCGAACGAUUGUGUGA